CUCCCUCCCUUAUUCCGAGAUUGAGCGCCAACUUGCCUCCGUGUAUACAAUCCACCACCCGAUUAAACAAGACGGGACAGGCCGCCCACAACAGUCGAGAUGGGACAAGACGCGAAGAUGAGGGGGGACGAGACGGGCAGCGCGGACGACAAGGUCGAGACGAUCAACGUGGAAGAUGCCAGGCUACAGAGGAUGCAGCCGCCUGAAUUCAUUAGGAACCUGACUCCUGAAGAACGGGCGCGCCUGGAGAAGGUGCUCAAGAGAAAAAUUGACCUUCGCCUCUUGCCGGCCAUCAUUAUCAUGUACAUCAUGAACUACAUUGACCGGUGGGUUAUUAGAUUAAUCUCCCCGUCAAAGAAGUUGAUAAAAAAAUGGGGGGUGAGAACUAACGCGGAGGUUGGCAAUCUGCUCAGCAACAACAUCGCCGCUGCUCGGCUUGCCGGGAAAGUCGGGCUUGAGGAGGACCUCAACCUGACAUCUACCGAGUUUCAGACCUCAGUCAGCAUUCUUUUCGUUGGAUACCUUCUGAUGCAGAUUCCUUCGAACCUGUUCCUCAACAAGUUUGGCAAACCGGCCAUCUACCUACCUGCUUGUAUGACCAUAUGGGGACUUAUCUCCGCGCUUACUGCCGUCUGCACCAAUGCCGCCGGUCUCAUGGCAAAUCGCUUCUUCCUCGGCAUCGUCGAGGCCGCGUACUUCCCCGGUUGCCUCUACUACCUUUCUUGCUGGUACACUCGCAAGGAGCUGGGCUUCCGCACCGCCGUCUUGUACUCGGGCGCUCUGAUCUCGGGCGCCUUCUCCGGUUUCAUCGCCGCGGGCGUGUCGUGGGGCAUGGACGGCGCCCGGGGGAUCGGGGCGUGGCGGUGGCUCUUCAUCAUCGAGGGUGCUGCUACCAUCGCAGUGGCGAUCGCUUGCAUGUUUGUGCUGCCCAAUUUUCCGCGGACUACUAAGUGGCUCACCGAAGAGGAGAGGACUUUGGCUGCGUGGCGCCUCCAGGAAGACAUUGGAGAGGACGAUUGGGUCAACAGCGAGGAGCAGACCUUCUGGCAGGGUGCCAAGAUGGCCUUCCUAGACCCCAAGACUUACAUCCUGACGGUCCUCCUGUUCUGCAUCGUCGCCAGCGGCACUGUGACCAACUUCUUCCCGACCGUCGUCAACACGCUGCAGGAAGGCGCUUUGGGGAACAAGGAGAACAAGAACAUCUCGUUGCUGCUGACCGCCCCUCCCUACGUGCUCGGCGUCAUCGUCACCUACCUCAACGCCACCCACGCCGACAAGACGGGCGAGCGCUACUGGCACAUCACGAUCCCCAUGUGGGUCGCCGUGAUUGCGUACAUCAUCGCCGCGACCACGACCAGCAUCGCGCCGCGCUAUCUGAGCAUGAUGCUCAUGGUCCCCUCGGUCUACUCGGGAUUCGUCGUCGGCCUCGCCUGGAUCAGCAACACGAUGCCGCGCCCGCCCGCCAAGCGCGCCGCCGCGCUGGCCUUCGUCAACGCCGUCAGCAACUGCAGCAGCAUCUACGCCUCGUACCUGUAUCCCAAGAGCGCCGACCCGCACUACACGGUCGCCAUGAUUGUCAACUGCUGCACCGCCUUCAUCGCCAUCUGCACGGCCACCGUGAUGCGUGUCGUCCUCGUCAGACUCAACAAGAAGCUGGACGCAGGUAUCUGGGUCGAGGGCGCCAUCAAUGCCGUUCCGGGUGAGGGGGCCGUCAACGGGUUCAGGUUUAAAGUCUAGGUCGAGCUAAGGGAGGGGUGGCCUUUGAUCUAGAAGGAUGUAUAUGGGGAAAGCAUAGAAUCCGAGUGCGAAUAGUGUCUGAAAGACGGAAUACAGGAUCAUCGCAGCAAGCUUGGCUACUCUACGAUGCAACAACACUUGCUGUAGGUCCUCCGUCACCAAAGCAUUCUGAG